AUGGCUCAAUCGGGUAGACGACGAGUACGUAACACAUGAAUUGCUGUUUUAUUCAAUCAAACAUUAUUUAAUCGUCAAAAAUUAUUAAGAAAAUCUUCAUCUAGACUUUAUUUACGAGCUUUAUCAUUCAAUAAUCCUCUUGUAUUAUAUAUUAUUAUAUUAACAGAAUGGGUUAAUGAUCAAUUUCAUAUUGAUCCAACUAUGAAAUAUUGA